AUGGCGCACGAACUCAAGCACCGCGCUGUUUCUGCGAACGCCGAGGUUGGACUUGGGACGGGCAGCCAUGAUCGCGACACGGCCGAUCUGGCGCGAGUGGGAAAGAAAUCCGUUCUAAAGCGAACGUUUGGCAUUCUGUCCACGCUCGGCUUUAGCUGUACUAUCCUCGCGACCUGGGAAGGCCUGUUUGAUACCUUUCUACUACCUCUACAAAAUGGAGGACCCGGAGGAGCAGUCUACUCGUUUAUUUUCGCCUGGACAGGAACAGCAUGCAGCUUCGUGGUGAUAUCUGAACUGGCCUCCAUGGCGCCGACCUCUGGGGGGCAGUACCACUGGUGUGCAAUGCUUGCUCCGCCGAAAUACAUGAAGAUCAUGAGCUACCUGACUGGCUGGGUCACCGUCAUCGGCUGGCAGGCAGCAUUCGCCUCGUCCGCCUUCCUCGCAGGCACUGAGAUCCAAGGCGCCGUGACUCUCGGGCAUGCAAACUACUCGGCGCAGCCGUGGCAGGGAACACUUAUUAUGUGGGCGGCAGUGCUGUUCGCAUUGGGGAUUAAUAUCGCUGGAGGAAAGCUGCUGCCCCGGUUUGAGACGGCGGUGCUGGUCGUGCACCUGGUGGGCUUUUUUGGCAUUCUCAUCCCGAUCACGUACAUGGCCGACCACAAUAGCACGCACGACGUGUUUCUGAAUUUCGUCAACGGCGGGUUUCCGUCGCAGGGCUUGUCGUGGUUUGUGGGGAUGACGGGGUGUGUUUUCGCUUUUGCUGGGGGGGAUGCUGCUGUUCAUAUGGCCGAAGAAGUAAAAGACGCAUCGGUGGCAAUCCCCCGCGCAAUCAUGCUCUCAGUCCUCAUCAACGGGACCCUCGGAUUCAGCAUGUUGAUCGCCGUGCUGUUCUGCCUGGAAGACGUCGACGCCGCACUGAACAGCGCAACCGGAUACCCAUUCAUGGAGAUCUUCUACCAGGCCACGGACUCUGUCUCCGGCGCUCUGGGCAUGACCUCGAUCCUGCUGAUUAUCGCCAUCUGCUCAGUAAUCGGGAUGCUGGCCGCGACGUCUCGCCAGUUCUGGUCUUUUGCGCGCGACCGCGCUGUUCCUGGAUGGCGUAUCUGGAGCAAGGUCUCACCAUACAACUGCCUCCCAACCUACUCAAUCCUCCUUACCAUGACAGUCUGCUGCCUGCUCGGCCUAAUCAACAUCGGCUCCAGCGUAGCCCUAAACGCCGUGGUGUCGAUGGCCGUCUCAGGCCUGUACCUCUCCUACCUAACCGUCGGCAGCCUCCUCCUGUACCGCCGGUACACAGGCGCCAUCAGCGCCUACCACAAGGGCGAAAACGGAGCAUCAGGGGUUGAGGUCGUCAACGUCCCCGGCGCGAAACUCGUCUGGGGCCCGUUCCAUGUGCCCGGGAUCUGGGGCGAUGCGAUCAACACCUAUGCGGUAGUUUACAUGGUGAUUGUAGUGUUUUUCAGCUUCUGGCCGUCGCAGAUGGAUGUCGAUAAGGCGACUAUGAAUUUUAGUAUUGUGGGGACGGGGGGCACGAUUAUUCUUGCGCUGCUUUAUUAUGGGCUGCGGGCGAGGAAGGUUUAUGAGGGGCCUGUUAUGGAGGUGCAGAUUUGA